GUUCAGACUUACAUUGUAUAAUUUCCUUCUGAUAAGUGAUACAAAAAUUACUGAAGGGAAUAGUGACUUAAAAAUUACUGAAAACACUCAAUUAUUUCACAAGUUGCAAAAACAGGACUUGUAUAUAAGAGUGAUUUUUCAAUAUACACUAGCAGACUGCCACCCUACAGGCAUGUUGGCACUGUAACCAGACCUAAGCCAAUACCGACAAGAAAAGCGCUAGAUCAGUUCAGAGAGGUUAGAGAUACAACAUGAAACUCUGUACUCUCCUCACCAGGAAUGUUAGAAGGAUUUUCAUUUUUGGAGUUGCUAUGUUUGGAUUUUACAGUUUUGUUCUUGUGGAAAUGUUUGCACGCUCAAUUAAAGAUUCCAGUGAUUCCCAGGGAAACAAUGGACAGCCACAGAAUCAGAGAUCACACAAUCACAUUCAGACAAUUGACAAGUCGCUGGACAACACACCAGAACUGUUAGCAAACAGAGUGAAACAGAGAUGUCACAAGUAUCAGCCCUCCAUUGUGGGAAAAAGGCGUUAUUUCCAAUUCCCAGUGACAACAAACAAACAAAACAAGCUCAUGUUUUGUCCAAUGUGUAAGCUUGCAUCAACCUACUGGACUCGGUUUUUCAGACUUUUAGAUGUGAAAAGCAAUAAAACUUACAUCACACCUUACGAUGUUCCAAUAUCCGAGGCUCCCGCUACCUCAGAAAGGCUUACAGUACAAGAAGGUGUUUAUGACGCAAAAUUUGUAAGAUAUUACAAGUUUCUAUUCGUGCGUGAUCCUUAUUCAAGACUUCUCUCAGCUUACGUAGACAAGAUUUUUGCACCCAAUCCAACAUUCUGGAGUAUAUUUAAAAUACUAUCAAUCAAACAACAUGGAAAAACAUACAAAGUCUCACGAUGUGGAGCUGAUAUAAGUUUUGAAGACUAUGUACGUAUAGUCAUACGAGCGCACAGCAAGUCCCCGGAUAACACUAAUGCCGAUUGCCACGAUAAGACAUUUAAUGGUGCGUGUCACCCUUGUGAAGUGCGAUAUGAUUUCAUCGGCAAAAUGGAGACAUUCCCUCAAGAUUCUACAAUCCUCUUUCAAAAGCUCAAGCUAAAUGACACAAUUAAAGCCCUUAACAUCAAAGGGAAGCAACUCGCUGAUGAGGACGCACUUUUGGAUACCGUUAUCUCCCCUUUCCUGUGGAAAGCAGAGAUAGUUAAGUGCAUUCCAUGGCGUGAAGCAUUACUAAGGAUUUGGAGAAAACUUCAAGUCCGAGGAGUAAUUGGAAAACAGGAAAUGCCCCUAUCUGAACCUCAGGCACAAGCAAUAACAAAAGAAGAAUUCAUUAAGUUGAUCAAAGACACUCAACCUAAGACAUCAUUUACUGAACGUAAGAAACAACGACGUGAGGCCAUGAUAGAGAUAUAUGGAAAGGUCAGGUUGGACUACCUCAAACAAAUUCAGGAAAUUUACAGAAAGGAUUUUGACUUGUUUGAAUAUAACAGUGACAAUCAGGAUAUAUUUCAUGUUAACAGAUCUUAUAUAAAACAGUAUGGUUUCCUGGAAGUAUAAUAAUGAUUUUGUACUGAGCAGUUAGGUCUAAGUGUGAUACUCAGGUUUUUUACAUGUAAAAUUGUUGGCCAUUUUCAGUAUUUUAUUUAUAUGAAUAAUCACAUAUAAAGUUUGAUAAUAAUCUUAUUACCGGUAUUACCCAAUUAUUUUUAUGUGAGUGUAUUUGGUAUUGACCAAUUGUUAUUCAACAACAUUUUCCCUAAUUAUCCUGAAAAUAACUCAUCAACAGUCUUAUUAGUUCUAAUGUAGCUGUUAGAUUUGCAUACAACAUUUACAAAGGUGACGCAAUCUGCAAAAACAAGGCCAUGUGUGAAAAUGUCCAAUUACGGCCAACUUUGCACUAUCAUUAGGCUAUAAAGUGGCAUUCUCAAUAGAAGUUUUGGUAUAACUUUUA